AAAGCUCUCGCCGAAAGAUGGCGGCAGCCGCAGAGCUUACGCUGCUUGAGAAGUCCUUGGGACUGAGUAAAAGGAAUAAAUACAGCGCCCAGGGCGCACGCCAGAUUCCAGUUCUGCAAACAAACAAUGGUCCAAGUUUAACAGGAUUGACUACGAUAGCAGCUCAUCUAGUCAAGCAGGCUAACAAAGAAUAUUUGCUCGGGAGCACAGCAGAGGAAAAAGCAGUCGUCCAACAGUGGUUGGAAUACAGGGUAACUCAAAUUGAUGGACACUCCAGUAAAGACGACAUCCGUACUCUAUUGAAGGACCUUAAUUUGUAUCUUGAAGACAAAGUCUACCUUACAGGCUAUAACUUUACCUUAGCAGAUAUUCUGUUAUAUUACGGACUGCAUCGCUUCAUAGUUGACCUGACAGUUCAAGAAAAAGAGAAAUACCUCAAUGUAUCUCGCUGGUUUUGUCACAUUCAGCAUUAUCCGGGCAUCAGGCAACAUCUGCCUACUAUCGUCUUCGUCAAGAACAGACUGUAUACCAGUUCACAUUAG